UAUUAACCCGCCGACCGAUCUUCUAGCCCCACAAUUAACAUACUGUUGUCAAAAAUAAAAACAAAACUUCCACUUAUAUUCGAAGGCAGAAUUCAAAAUAUAUCUUCUUAAAAAUCUAUAAACCCUAAAAAAAUCUCCCGUUUCACUUUCACUUGGUUCUCUUCAACUUCAAUUCUCAAGAUCGCAUAAGGAAAUCAAAACUCAAUUUUGCUUUCGAGGAUCUAACAUCGGUUAUUGCACCCAUCAAUGGCUUCUUCAUCACAAAUUUAGAUCUCAUUUUACAUCUCUCAAUAUACAAUGGUGAAUUACAAAAAAGGCAAGCUUUUAUUGCUUAUUAUACUCUUAAGUUAUCAGAUUAUUUUUAUUGUUAAUGGUAGUAAUUUAGAAUCACCUUUGUUAGAUAAUCAAGUACAGGAACAAAAUGCUGAAAUUUCUGUAGAUUCUGAUGAUACUAGUUAUAAAAAUAAGGAUUUAGGAAUAUUAUUAGGUCAGCAAGAAAUUCAAAUACAAAAGCUUGAAUAUUUAGUUAAGAAUCUUACUGAAGUUGUAGCUAAAUUAGAAAUAUCAAUCCCUGAUUGCAACAAUAACAAGAAGAAUCACAAGGUUGUAAAAAUUGGACCUGUUAUUGUUGAAAAAGAAAAGAAGAGAGAGUAUGACGUAUUGAAUGAUAAGAUUGAUAAUGAUAGUGAAGAAGGUGUUAUCAGUGGUAAUGAAAUUGGUAGAGUUAAUAGAAGAGGGCAAAGUGAUGGUGGUGUUUCAGUAACCAAAUAUAAUCCGUCGUGGUCAGAAAAGUUUCAGUUUAUGUCUGCUGUCAAACUUGAUUAUGAAGCUACUUGUGUUAAUAUUUUGCCGUUUGAAGAUUAUGAAGGGUUUAGUAAGUACAUUGCAGUUGGGGAUGAGACAGGCACAAUUUAUGUGUUUUUGUUAAAUGGAGAUGUUUUGGUUGAAUUUCAUACACAUUCCGAGUCACCCAUUACUUCUAUGCUUUCUUAUAUGUCUGUUCAUAAAAAUGAGAGUGUUUUGGUUACUGGUCAUGGGAAUGGAGUUGUUUUAGUUCAUCGAGUUUGGGAAGCUUCUGCGAGUGGAGAAGAUUGGCAUUCACUUUCCAUGGCACAUUUGCAAGAAUUUGCUUCUAUUGAGAAUGAAGGUGGUGAGGGUUCAGCAAUUUCGAUAUUGGAAGUUCAUCAAGUUGGAAGGAUGAGAUAUAUUUUGUCUACUGAUCUGAGUGGGCAAAUCAGAGUUCUUCGAGAGAAUGGAACUGUUUUUGGUUCUGCAAAAUCAAAGAGUCGGCCUCUCGCAUUCAUGAAACAAAGACUUCUGUUCAUGACAGAAAGUGGUGCAGGGUCAUUGGAUUUAAGGACUAUGAUGGUUAGGGAAUCUGAGUGUGAAGGAAUGAACCGAUCACUUGCGAAGACUUAUGUUUUUGACUCAACAGAGCGAUCAAAAGGUUAUGGAUUUACGUCAGAGGGUGAUUUGGUUCACGUUGUGCUGUUAGGUGAUAUGAUGAACUUCAAGUGUAGGGUUAGGUCAAAAAGGAAAGUGGAGAUGAAUGGGCCUUUAGCUAUUCAAGCAAUUAAGGGAUAUUUGCUUGUUGUUAACCCGGAGAAGGUUUUCGUGUAUAACAUUUCUUCCCAACAUUAUGUAAGGCUUGGUGUUCCUCGACCUCUUUUUCUUUCCAGCCUUGGUGAGAUUAGAUCCUCAUUUCUGAAUUCACAAAGUCUGAAUGAAGGCUCGAACAACAGAAGACUGGUGCCAUUGAUAGCCAGUGAUCGUGAAAAGCUUGUUGUUCUUGGACUUGGAAGUGGAUAUGUGGGUAUGUACAAAUCUAACCUCCCAAUUUUCAAUGCAGAAUUUAAUACAAUGCUCUGGACUAGCCCAGUUUUACUGUUCUUUUUGUUCUUGUUUGGGGUUUGGCAAUUCUUUGGCAAGAAGAAAGAAUCACUUGCUUUAUGGGGCAAUGAUGAUCCUUUUAGCUCCACAUCAGUCUCAACCAUAGGAACUUCAUUAGGAUCUGGUGCUGUAGAAAGGCCUUUUGCAGAUACUUCUUCAAGACCUACAGAUAUAAGGGACUUGCGAGGAGGUCCUUUGAGAGGUCCAACUAGAAGAUACACAUCUCCUUCUCGAUAUCCUGGUGGUGCAGGGGCAGGAACCGCUCUUCCUUUUAGGCCGACUGCUGCAGACCCCAGUUUCAGAACGACUGCUGCAGACCCCAACUUCAGAACGGGUUCUACUGAUCCCAAUUUCAGAACAACUUCUACUGAUCCCAAUUACAGAACGAGCUCCGGGGAUUCCAACUUUAGAACGAGUUCCGCCGAUCCCAAUUUCAGAACUAGUUCGGCUGAUCCCAAUUUCAGAUCCAGUUCAACUGAUCACAAUUUCAGAGCAGCUUCAGAACUGAAAUACCGAGCCCCUACGCUUGAAGGUACAGGGUUUCCAAAAAGAAGAGAGCCUUUAUUUUCAAAUAGUCAAGUUGUGGAGGAUAAUAUAGAAUAAAAUAAUUGCUUGUAUGAGCUUUGUCUUCUCAAGUGUGCUUCAUAAACUGAUCAUUAGUUUCUUUGAUCUUUUCUGUUCUUUGAUAAUUGUAAAACCUUUUGAGUUUCGUGAGAUUACAUAAUAACAAAAGUCGAGGAAAUAUCGUUUUGUGUCAC